AUGGAACCAAAGUUGCAGCUUAACAAAGAUGAGAAAGGGACUGCAGUAAAUUCAACCAAGUAUCGCCGUUUGAUUGGAAGUCUGCGGUAUUUGACUCAUACACGUCCAGAUUUGGCUUACUCGGUGAGAAUUGUUAGUCGAUAUAUGGAAAACCCCAAGGAAAGUCAUCUCCAAGCAGUCAAACAAAUAUUGCGAUAUGUUAAGGGCACAAUCCAGUUUGGAUUAAUAUACCUUAAAGGAGGAGAAGGUGAACUAAUAGGCUACAGUGAUAGCAAUCUUGCCGGAGAUCUUGAUGAUCGUAAAAGCACUAGUGGAAUGAUGUUCUACUACUCUGGUAAACCUGUUACUUGGUGUUCUCAGAAGCAAAGAAUUGUAGCUUUAUCUUCAUGUGAGGCAGAAUUCAUGGCUGCAACAGCAGCAGCUUACCAAGCUAUAUGGCCGAGAAGUUUACUGAGUGAGGCAACAGGAGAAGAACCAAGACCAGUACUCUUGCGAGUAGAUAAUAAAUCAACCAUUGCACUCAUGAAGAAUCCAGUGUUUCAUGAGAGAAGCAAGCAUAUUGAUACACGAUUCCAUUUCAUUCUUGGGUGCAUUGAAAAAGGACUAAUCAGUGUGGAGCAUGUUAGCAGUGAAGAACAAUGUGCAGAUAUCCUGACAAAAGCACUUCCCAGGGUGAAGUUUAGAGAAAUGCGUGAAUUGAUUGGUGUCAAGGAUCUUAAUCUUUUCAGUCAGGAUUAG